AUGGCAAAGAAAAAGAAGGCAGCAGCAGCGAAGAAAGCUGAGGACGUCCCAACAUCCACAGCCCCCACACCCGCCCUCGCAUCACCGGCAGUCGAGAAGUCGCAGGAAGAGGCCUUGGGUGCCCUGAUAAGCCAGGUUGACAAUGCGGAGACACCAAAUCCAGAACCCACUGAAACACCUGCGCCGGCUGAACCAGUCGUCGAAACUCCUGCUCCAGAGGGUGGAAAUGAGGUGGAAGAAGGUGCAGCUGCAACCACAGAACCAGCACAGGAAUCUGCAGCAGCAAAGAAGAAAAAGAAGAAGAAGAAAACGGGUGCUGGUGCUGGUGGAGGCGAGACCAAGGACGACGAGGCGCCUGUGGAGAAUGCUGGACAGGAAGAGACAAAGGAGGAACCACCAGCUGCUCCUCAGCAAACUGAGGAAGAAACGGAAGCUGCGCGUCUCAAAGCUGAGGAGGAGGCAGAGGCCGCUCGCAAAAAGGUUGAAGAGGAGCUUCUCGCAUCUGCUGCUGAGCCGACUACAACCGCAGCCAAGAAGAAGAAGAAAAAGGGCAAAGCUGCUACGCCGGCCGUCGAGAGUCAAGUCCAGUCGGCCGUCAUGUCACCCACCGACGAGAACCCACCUGGAGUUGAUGAAGGUCAAGGUUAUUUCGCUGGUGGCACCACUCAACAAGAACCCGAAUCUGCCCCUCAGCCGGAGCCAACAGUCCAGCAAGACUCUGUCACCCACGAUGCACCUCCAAAGUCUCCAGCUCGCUCGACUCGUGGCCUGGAUCCGACUUCACCAACAAACGAUACAUUUCUCAACGCUGGGAAUACUGCUGCACCUCGCUCUCCUCUGCGUUCCCCAAUCAAGGACGCCUUUGCGGACUCGACAGACGCACCACCUAUAGCUCCUCGCUCUCCGCUCCGCUCACCGGCACCAUUAAAUCCUGAGCACGCUCCUCCAAAAUCUCCACUUCGAUCGCCGCUCAAAGAUACCUUUUUAAACUCUGGAGACGCUCCACCUCACUCACCUGCGCGUUCGCCACAAAGAUCGCCUCGUCCACUUCCCCAAGCACCGCUCCCGCCCUCUAGUCCACGUAUUCCGCCUCUUCAAACUUCAAUGCAGUCCCCUGAGAGGGGUCCUGGACACCCAACCCAAGGGCCUCCUUCGCCCGUCAACCGGCGAGAGCCUCAGCCGUCUCAUGGAUUUGGCUCGCCAGCUACGCCGCGCGACAACAACCAAUCACCCCGUGGAUUCGACUCUAAUCCUCGAGGGAACUCGCCAGUCAGACAACGUGGGCCUCCUCAACAAGGGCUCGGUGGGACGGGUGCUUGGGGAGCGUCGCCGGCCAGACAACGCGAACCUCCUCAGCAGAAUCGUGGCUUUGGGUCGAGUGGGUUCGGAAACGAUUCUCGUGGUGGAGGAGGUGGAUUGGGCUGGGGAUUUAGCUCUCAGCCAAAGCCGGCGCCGGCGCCUCCACAACAGACCAAUUCUGGUGGGUUUGGCUUGGGUGGGUGGCUUGGAAGCGCGGCGACGUCUCUCUUUGGCGGAUUUGGCGGCAAUUCCCCUCCGCCCCCUGAGCCAAAGACUGGAUUUGGCUUCGGUAGUUUGGGCGGUUCGCAACAGGGCGCACGAACACAGUCUAAACGUACAUCGUUUGACAAUUAUGAAGACCCGUUCAGGACACCCAGUCGGUUUGAGGACCCAUACAAACAACCUCAGCAGUGGGAGGAUCCAUUCGCCAAACGAGGUGGACGUAAUGCUCGGGAACAGCAGCACGUCUCUCCAACGUCUCCUACGGACCGGAGGACUGGAUUCGGUAGUCUUGCCAACGCUCAACCCCUCUCAGCUGCAACGCCGACCCGUGUCGAACCAGAGCCAGAGCCAAAGCCAAUCGUAGCACCUCAACCUGAACCUAUAACGGUUGCGCCGGUGGCUCCAGCUGAGCCUCCUGCGUUCACUGUUACAGAAGAUCCGCACAAAGAGGGCGGACAUGCCGCUACCGAGCAGCCCAAGUUUGACGCUUGGUUCGACCCUCCACCACCGGAAGAUGAGGAAGAGGUCGCCGUUGCCGAAAAAUUCUUGGGAGAGCAGCUCGACCCGAGUUUCCGUCGAGACAAUGUCGAUUUCCAAGAGGUUGGCUUGGACGGUGGAGAUGCUGCCAUGGAACUUGGAAGAACGCCCAUGAAAGCUGCGGCGGUCGAAUUGCCCAAGUCGCCCUUCAUCGGUGGUGGUGCCAAAAUUGACGAAGUGGACCCUUGGGCGACACCAAAGAGUACAGCAGGUGUGGCGUUGCCAAAAUCGCCGUACCUUGGUGCAGGAACGAUUGACGGUGCACCACGAUCGCCUGCCCAUGUAGCAAACGAUCUCGAAGGUCCACCAAAGUCUCCUCGUAUUGCGCCGAGUCGGGCUCGUACCCCACUUCCCGAGAUUCCAAUGACUGCGGAGAUUGUAGACCGACCCAAGACGCCUGUCGUGGUUGAUGAUCCACCGCCACCGCCAGCAGCAGAACCCGUCGCUCCAGAGCCUCAAACGCCAGUCGAGCCUCUUGAAGAGGCGUCGAAGCCCGGUGCCAAAAAGAAGAAGAAGAAAAAGGGUGCCAAAGCCAAGGAGGAAACAUUUUUGUCUCCCGAGACCCCAGCUGGAGAGGAUGAGGAGAAGACGCUCAUGCAAGAGCGCGCCGAGCUCGAAAAGAAGAAAAAGGAGGAAGAGGAGCGUGCCGAGGCGGAACGUAUCGCCGCUGAGGAGAAGGCUGCUGAGGAGCGUCGUCUUGAGGAAGAGCGUCUCGAACAGGAGAGAAUUGCAGAGGAACUUGCUGCUGAAGAAGCACGGCUCAAGGCUGAAGAGGAGGAAAGAAUCCGACUUGCUGAAGAAGAGGCUCGUCUCGAGGCGGAACGCGUAGCAGAAGAGGAAGCACGUAUCGCUCGCGAGAAACUUCAGGAGGAGCAAGCCCGUGCCGCUGCACGAGAAGCUGCCAUGAUCGCUGCCGUCGAGGCUCGUCGCGCCGCCGAAGCCGAAAAGGAAAGAUUGGCCAAGGAGGCUGCUGAAGAGGCAGAACGGCUCGAAAAGGAGCGCAUCGAAAAGGAGGAAGAAGCUCGACGUGCUGCAGAGGAGGCGGAACGGCUUCGGAGAGAAAAGGAGGAAGAGGAAGAGAGGAAUAGGAAAGAAAAGGAAGAAGAGGAGAAACGUCGCGCGAAGCAAGAGGCUGCGAUGAUCGCAGCUAUUGAAGCACGUAGAGAAGCCGAGGCUGCAAAGGCACGCGAGUUGGCAGAGGCCGCAGAAGAGGCGGAAAGGGCACGCAUUGCAGAGGAAGAGGCUCGAGCGGCGAGAGAGGCCAAAGAAAAGGAGGAACAAGAGGAAAGAGAGCGUGAAGCUGCGAUGAAGGCGCGACGGCAAGCGUUGGCAGCCGCUGCGUCGUUUGCGGCUAUCGAGGCCAAACGCGCGGCAGAUGAGAGAAAACGCCUCGAAGAGGAACGCAAACGGUUGGAAGAAGAAAGGAUUCGUGCAGAAGAGGAGGAGAAACUCCGCGCAGCAGAGGAAGAACGUCGUUUGGCACACGAGCGCGAGGUUGAAGCAGAGUUGGCUCGCAUCGAGGCGGAGCGUAUCGCCGAGGAGGAGCGUAUCGAAGCCGAACGUCUCGCUGAAGAAGAGAGAUUGCGCAUCGAACGCGAGGAGGCAGAGGCUAGACAGGCAGAAGAGGAUCGACUGGCAUUCGAGGCCGCAGAAGAGGAAGCACGCAGGCUUGUCGCCGAGGCCACUGCAAAGAUUGAAGAGGAGAGAAGAUUGCAAGAGGAAGCAGAGGCGGAGGAGAAGCGACAGGAAGAGGCCAGACUCAAGGCCAAUGCAGAGGCCGAAAAGCAGCGGAAGAGCGAAAAGAAGAAGAAACGCAAGCAGGGCAAGGACGAUGCUGCUGCACGGCUGGAAAAGGAGCGCAAGGAUCGCGAGGAAGCGGAGCAACGCGAGCGUGAAGAACGCGAGGAGCAGGAGAGACUCGCCCUCUUGGAGGCCCAGAGACUCGAGGCGGAGAACCAAGAGAUGGAACGUAUCGCUCGCGAGCUGGAAAUUGCCCGAUUGGAAAGAGAGCGUAUCGCGCGCGAAGAGGAAAUCCGCCGUCUCCAAGAAGCCGAGGCUGCACGUUUGGAGCAAGAGCGACUCGAGCAAGAGAGAAUCCGGCUUGAGGAAGAAAAGGCCGAACGAGAGCGCCAGGAGGCUGAGCUCGAAGCCCAGCGCAUCGAAAAUGAGCGUCUGGAGCGUCUCCGCAUCGAGGAAGAGCGGCGUCUAGAGUUGGCACGCUUGGAACAAGAGAGACUGGAGGAAGAAGCCAGAAGACACGCCGAGCGCGAGAAACAGCGAUUGGCCGACGAGGCGCGCGAGUUGGCUGCCAAACUCGAAGCUGAACGAAUCCGGCAGGAAGAGGAGAGACGCGAGGCCGAGAGACUGGCACAGCUGGAGAAGGAGCGCGCGGAGCAAGCGGCGGCACAGGCUUCCACCAACGAGCGCGAGAUUACUUCCAAGGAUCUUGAAGACCGCUUCGCUACUCUGCGGUUAUCACGUAUUCGCAAGACGGACUUGUGGCUGAAGAUGCCGGAACCGGAUCAGGCGGAGAGUGAUGCGCCCAGCGCGCCUUCAAGUCCUCGGUCUGGUGCGAGCAUGAGUCCAGUUUCGAGUGAUUUGGACGAGGCGAGCGACUUGGGCCAGCCGCCGGAUAGCCCUCGCUUUGACCCAGACUCGCCACUUCCAACGCGCAAGAUUGUGUAUCCAGUUGGGGAUCUGAGGCAGCUCAAGGACUUUGGCAUGAAUUCGACGCGGUCAAUUGCGAGUAGCGUCGCUCCAGUCGCACCGUCAACGAUGACUGAGGACGACGGGAUUUUGACGUGGACGCUCUGA